UUGUCUGCAACUGCAACUCAAAUCCCCCUGAUGGCUCGUCUUGCUCUUUUUGCCCUCGUCGUCUGCGCCGUCGUCCUCCAGGCCCACGCCGGAGGAUGGCCCAGCACCUACUCGUAUGGCUGGCCGUCUUACUACAGCGGCUGGACUCCUUCGUACUACUCAAGCGGCUGGGCUCCCAAGGUCUACUCAAGCGGCUGGGCUCCCAAGGUCUACUCAAGCGGCUGGGCUCCCAAGGUUUACUCGAGCGGCUGGGCGCCCAAGACCUACGUCAUCAAGACCUCUUACUACCCCUCUCCCUUGGAAAGGAUCAUCGGUCUCAAGAAGUCUCUCCUCCACGGAGGAUGGUAAUUGAUUUGUGCUCAAAACUGUAUUUGUGGAAAUAUACGUGUUAUAAAUACUUUUUUUAUAUAGUUUUGUAAAGAAUUUCGCAAAAUAAAUAUCUGCUCCAAGCAAAAAGUACGUUUAUUUUAAGAUGCG